AUACAAUCACGAGACGACGUCUUUUUAGCCGGCAAGCCGCACGGCGGGCAGACGCAAGUUUCUGCACUUAGCACUGAACUACUGACGGUGGCAGUCCGGGACAACCAUGGAGCGGGAGCUGGAGAUUCGGCAGCCUGCUAACCCCGUCGAGACAGCCAGCUGCUUUUCCAGGCUCCUUUUCAGCUGGGUGACUCCGCUGUUCCGCGAGGGCUACCGACGCACACUGCAAGUGGAGGACCUCUACGCUUGCCCAAAGUGGGAGCGCUCUGAAAGCAAGGCCGAUCGACUACAAGCAGAAUGGGACAAGGAGAUCAGGAAGAUGAAGCAAGGCAAGCGACCCAACCUGCUCAACGCAAUUUUCAGGGCCUUCGGAUUCACAUACAUCAUGGUAUCGCUACUCGUACUGAUAGAGGAAUGUUUCAAGAAUGUAAUGCAGCCGGUAAUGCUGGGAUGGGUGGUCCGCUAUUUCGCCGCCCCAGAGUCAAUCAGCAAGACCGAGUUCUACCUGUCAGCGGCUGGUGUCUCGAUCCUAGGAGGAAUGCACAUCUUCACGCACCACCCGUACUUCUUCAACAUGCAGCGAAUUGGCAUGCGUAUUCGCAUAGCUUGCUGCAGCCUCGUUUACAGAAAGGCGCUGCGUUUGAGCCAGGCAGCACUGUCAAAGACAGCCGUGGGGCAAAUGGUCAACCUUCUUUCCAACGACGUAAACAGGUUUGAUCAGUCUGUGCUUUUCGUGCCGUACUUGGUUGCGGGUCCACUGCAGACAGCCAUCAUAACAUGGGUGUUGUGGCAGCAUCUCGGCAUCAGCUGCAUAGCGGGAAUCUCAUUCAUCCUCCUGUACAUACCCUUCCAAGGAUGUCUAGGAAGGGCAUUCUCACGGCUCAGGGCCAAGACAGCUGCUUUAACGGACGAGCGCAUCCGAUUGGUCAACGAAUUCGUUGCCGGCAUGCGUGUCAUCAAGAUGUACACAUGGGAGAUGCCCUUUGCCCUGCUGGUGAACGACACGCGCCAACGCGAGGUGCGCAUGAUCCAGCGGACAUCGGUGCUUCGUGCCGUGAACAUGGGCAUGUUCUUCAUGUCGUCCAAGCUGGUGCUCUUCCUCUGCUUCGUCACGUUCGCGCUCCUCGGAAACACGCUCACCUCGGAGUGCGUGUUCGUCAGCAUGUCGCUGUUCAAUAGCCUGCGGCUCGCCAUGACUCUCUACUUUCCCUUCGGCGUUGGACAAGGAGCCGAGACGCUGAUCUCAGUCAAGAGGUUGCAGAAGUUCCUUCUACUUGAAGAGCAAGAACAGACUGGCGCACUGAACGGCUCCAAGCUACGUCCGAAGAUUCAUAACUGCCGUGUGGAGUUGCAGAAUGCUACAGCAUCCUGGACAAAGGAGUCUUCCGAACCAACCUUGCAGAACAUUACGGCCACUGUGAAACCUGGCGAGCUGCUGGUAGUGAUUGGCCCAGUGGGUUCCGGCAAGACGUCACUGCUGAUGACUAUCCUGGGCGAGCUGCGUCUAUCGGCUGGCAGUGCCAAGGCACUAGGCCGCAUCGCUUACGCUUCUCAAGAGCCAUGGAUGUUCACGGGCAGCCUGCGAAACAAUGUGGUCUUCGACAGCGCUUACGACCAAGAACGCUACCGGAAAGUCAUACACGCCGCUGCUAUGGAAAGGGACCUUACUCUGCUACCCUACGGUGACAGGACAUUGGUCGGUGACAGAGGGGUCUCCCUUAGCGGUGGACAGAAGGCCAGGGUUAACCUUGCCAGGGCGCUCUAUUACGACGCGGACAUCUACCUCCUGGACGAUCCUUUAAGUGCGGUUGAUACUGCGGUCGCAAAGCAUCUUUUCGAAGUCUGCAUCCGUGGCUACUUGAAGAACAAAAUCGUCAUACUGUGCACUCAUCAGCUGCAAUUCUUGAAAUCUGCGAACCACAUCCUUGUCUUAAAGGAGGGCAAGAUGCUCGCUUUAGGCAGUUACCGGCAGCUACAACGCGCUGGCAUCGAUUUCGUCUCCCUGCUCGAGGAAAAGGCGACUGUGCUGGACUCACGCCGCAGCUCGUUCGACGGUCUGGCUGAGGAUGUCUACAGUGCGCCCGUAGGGAGUGAGACCCUAGACGCCGCCUCGCCUGGCGCCUUCUUCGAAUCCAAUUUGUCUCUGGCCGGUUCGUACGACGAUGCACGCUCCGACAUUUACCAGAGCACGUCUGACCUAAAGGGAGGUGAUGUCAAGCUGCCUGUCGAAGCUGAAGAAGCUCGCAGCACAGGCUCAGUCAAGGGCCGCGUCUACUGGAGCUACAUGCGUGCAGGGGCUGGUCCACUGCUCAUGCCGCUGCUCUUCGUGAGCAGCAUUCUAGCGCAAGCUAUCUUCAACGGCAGCGACUUCUGGCUGACAUACUGGACGGGACAGUCUGAGGGUGCUGCUAGAGCUGUGAUGUUGAACGGGACUGAUGCGGCUGUUGGUGAAACGACGACAGUGCUCAAUCGCACGGAAAACAGAACGUCUGCAUGGACAGACUGGUGGUCUUCCCUGGAUACGGUGACGUACAACGUUCUGGUCUACGCUAUCAUCAUCGGCGGCCUUCUCCUCUCGUCCAUGGCUCGCACAGUGGCCUUCUUUGUCAUGUGCAUGCGAGCGUCGGUGAAUCUACACAACCGCAUGUUCAACUGCAUCAUCCGUGCGCCCAUACGUUUCUUUGACAUCAACCCAAUUGGCAGAAUCCAAAAUCGCUUUGCCAAGGACUUGGGUACCAUUGACGACCUUCUUCCACCCACCGGCUUGGAUAUCACCUUUAUAUUCCUGAAUCUGGUUGGUGUUCUGGUUGUGGUGGCAGUUAUCAGUCCCUGGAUAAUCAUCCCCACUCUCAUACUCUUCGUGCUGUUCUUCUAUCUGCGCCGGUUCUACAUGAGGACCGCCAGAGACGUCAAGCGUCUGGAGGGAGUCACACGCAGCCCAGUGUUCUCUCACCUGAGUACUUCUUUGUACGGCCUGAGCACGAUCCGGGCGUUCAAUGCGCAGCGGACCUUCGAGCGCAUGUUCGACCUCAAGCAAGAUCACCACACUUCAGCUUGGUACAUGUUCCUCUGCACGGCUCGAUGGUUUGGCAUAACGCUGGAUUCAAUCUGCUUCGCGUACAUCACUAUCGUCACCAUGUCCUUGGCCCUGUCAUCCGAUGGUUCAGUUUCUGGUGGUGGAGUUGGUCUAGCCAUUGCAAAUGCCCUCAUGCUAACUGGAAUGUUCCAGUGGGGAGUGAGACAGUCUGCAGAGAUCGAAAGCCAGAUGACGUCGGUGGAGCGUGUGCUCGAAUACAGCUGCGUGGAACCAGAGGCUCAGCUGGAGUCUUCGCCUGGCAAGAAACCGCCAGCCACAUGGCCGGAACAUGGUGCGAUAACGUUUGACGGCGUCUCCCUGUCUUACACGAAGGGCGAGCCUCCCGUACUUAAAGAAUUGCACUGCCACAUCAAGGCCAGAGAGAAGAUUGGUGUCGUUGGCCGCACGGGAGCUGGUAAGAGCUCCAUCAUCGCAGCACUAUUCCGCAUGACAGAGCCUGACGGAGCCAUCCUGAUUGACGGCGUUGACAUCAGAUUCAUUGGCCUACAUGACCUUCGCAGCAAGAUUUCUAUCAUUCCGCAGGAUCCGGUUUUGUUCACGGGACCAGUAAGGCGCAACUUGGAUCCUUUCUCCGAACACAGCGAUACGGAACUCUGGAAGGCCCUUGAAGAGGUGCGCCUGAAGGCAUCCAUCCAAGACCUUCAAGGUGGGCUUUCUGCCGAGGUCUCCGAAGGCGGCGGCAACUUCAGCGUGGGUCAACGCCAGCUCAUUUGCCUCGCCAGGGCUGUGCUACGCCAGAACAAAAUACUCGUCAUGGACGAGGCAACAGCCAACGUGGACCCUAGGACUGACGCCCUUAUUCAGACAACGAUACGGGAGAACUUCGCUAACUGCACGGUCAUCACAAUAGCCCACAGGCUGCAUACGAUCAUGGACUCGGAUCGUGUCAUUGUCCUUGACGCCGGCUGUAUCGUGGAGUUCGAUGAGCCCUACGAACUCAUGAAGUCCGAGUCUAGCCAAUUUACAAGCAUGGUUCAGAACACGGGCCCAUCUAUGGCACGCCAACUUUGGAACAUGGCUCGCGAAGCGCAUGCGCAGAGGCGGGUACACUCGCAUCAUGAAGAUGUUCAUCGUGAAACGGAAUACAUCGAUGAAACACCGCCAUGGUUUAUGACCUCGCGCCCGGACGUGGUGGUGUCAGGUCGUGCGACGGAAGUAAUUCAAGAAGAAGAUGGGGAAGAUGGCCAGUGCUACACUAGCCUAUGACUCUAUCUGCCAAGUGCCACAGCACCUUUAACACAGAACGAAAACAGAUACGUUCCCAGGAAGCGUACAGCGCCCUACGACGGUGUCGCCUACGGAAACGCUGGUCCUAACUUCGAGGACAUGCUGUGUACUAGAAAAUGAGACUUAUUCUUUGUUGUUUUAUUGUAGAUAAUAGUGGAAUGCAAUUUCAAUAAAUGCACCUUGACAAG